AUGGAUGCCGUAUAUGCCAUUGGCUCCAAUGGAUCCGGCCAACUCGGUAUAAGCCACAAGGAAGAUGUCUCUGUGCCAAAGCCUGUGCUCUUCCAUCCUGAGCAGCCCAGCUCUCGAAUUGUCAAAGUCGCAGCUGGCGGAAAUCACACUCUGCUUCUCACGGAAUCUGGCAAACUAUAUUGGAGUGGAGACCCGGCCAGUGGAGCCUGCGGGCUGAGUCCAUUCCCAAACGUGCCGGUUUUUCUAGAAGCUCGGCUCUCAAAGGAUGAACCAGCUGGAGAGAUUGCUCUCGUUGAGGCGACCUGGGAGGCAUCUGUCAUUGUGACUAAAGAUGAGCAGGGAAAGCGAACCAAGGUAUUCAGUCUCGGCAUCGGGCAGAAAGGAGAGCUGGGAUUGGGCGAAUUACUUGUUCGGACGCCGUCAGCUACAAGGGUUAAAGACUUUCCUCCAGCCGGGACUGAGGUUGUGGACCUGUCAGCAUGUAUGGGACACGUCGUUGCAGUUUUGGACAAUGGCGAUGUGUAUGGCUGGGGAAAUUGCCGCAAGUCUCAGGUUGGCGAACCCGGCGCAGUCAUCUAUUCUCCUAGGAAAGUCGAGGGCUUGAGCUUCAAAGUCGUCAGAGCAGUUUGUGCCAAGGAGUCUACAUGUCUCUUUGGAGAAUCUGGGAGCGGCAACCUACGUGUCCUGGGGUCAGACAAAUGGGGACUAACUUCAGAUGCCCCUUUAGCAGCUCCGCCAUGGAAGGAUGUCGGAGCAAGCUGGGGCAAUUUUUACAUUCUUGGACUAGAUGGAAGCUUGAAAGCCUGGGGGCGAGAUGAUCAUGGUCAACUACCGCCGCCAAAUCUCCCCUCUAUUGACAAGAUUGCCAUUGGUAGCGAACACGUUGUUGCACUCUCUGUAGAGGGUGAUGUUUUGUCUUGGGGUUGGGGAGAACAUGGCAACUGCGGACCGCAAGUGGACAAUAACGACGUCAAGGGAAGAUGGAAUGUCAUUGCGUCGUCAAAGCAUAUCCCCCCAGAGAGUAAAAUAGAUAACAUAGGCGCCGGUUGUGCCACUAGCUGGAUAUCUAUUACAUCCAGCUAA